UCCCAGCCCCGGCUUCACCUGUUUGCAUGCACAUUUUUUCACCAUUUUUUCACUUGGGAUUUUCUUUCGUAGCCCCGUGAUAAUGAUCAAAAACCACAUGCCUAUAACAAUGCUGUCGUACGUUACCUGCAGUUUGCUGAUCCUCUUCGCGGCUGUCGCCGGUGCCUCCCUGGCCGAGAUGGUGUUUCGCUGCCCGGGCUGCACCGCGGAGCGCCAGGCGCUGUGCCCAAAGCUCACCGAGACUUGCGCGGAGAUUGUGCGCGAACCGGGCUGCGGGUGCUGCCCCGUGUGCGCCCGGCAAGAGGGUGAGAUGUGCGGCGUUUACACCCCGAGGUGCUCCACCGAUCUACGAUGCUACCCGACACCCGACUCGGAGCUUCCCCUGCAGCAACUGAUGCAGGGACAGGGGCAGUGUCGGCGCAAAGUGGACACCACUGAGACGACCACUUACAGCCAGGAGAACCGGGAGCAAACCAGCGGUGAGACUGUGGAGUCACUGCCUGAGCUCGGUGUGAGUGAGGUCCCGGCCAUACGGAAGCCCACGAAAGAAGCCACCUGGCUGGGACCCAAGGAGAGCGCCGUCCGCCAGCACAGACAGGAGAUGAAGGCCAAGAUGAAGACCAACAAGGUGGAAGAGGUCAAACCUACUUGGCACAGACAGACUCAGUGUCAGCAGGAGCUCGACCAAGUCCUGGAGCGGAUAUCCAAGAUGCCCUUCAGAGAUAACCGAGGUCCCCUUGAAGACCUGUAUGCACUGCACAUACCCAACUGUGACAAGAGGGGGCAGUAUAACCUCAAACAGUGCAAGAUGUCUCUCCAUGGUCAGAGAGGUGAGUGCUGGUGCGUCAACCCUCACACGGGUCGAGCUAUCCCAUCAGCCCCCACUGUGAGGGGCGAUCCCAACUGCAGCCAGUAUCUCACAGAACUGGAACUGGAGCUCCCUGACAUGGGCCAGAUAUAGUGUGGUAUAAAACAUUUAAAAAAAAAACUGUAAGGGAACAAAGAACAUUUGAGUAAGCUAUAUAUUAUCUUUCUGCGGGUACGUGUUCAUUUGAUGAUGCUGACAUUUGAAAUCUUAUCCACCAAAAAGAACUAAAUGAUAGGAUUCAUCUUGCUGCGCAGCAUGUGACUGCAGAUAAUUUGUAGGGGGAGCAGUAAAGAUAAGACUCAUUUUUCUCAUAGAAUAUCAGUAGACCUCAGCUGGAGUGUCAGUGACUUCACUCACAUUUGCUCUGUUAUCAUUGUUCUGUACUCUAUAUGUUUAAAAAUGAAAAGCUUUCAACAUAUUUGGUGCUUUUAGGUGUGUUUUGGUGUCCUAGCUCGCAGAGUAUUGUUAUGCCUCAUGUUAUGCUGUAGGCUUCAUAUACACCUAGCUUUUAAUCACAGUAUUAAAGAUGAAAUGUAGUACAUGCAGUAGGAAGGACAUGGCUUUAGAGUGCCUAGUGAUUAACAUAUGAUGCUAUUAAAAUAAU